AUGAGUCACUGCACGUCCUCCGUCGAUGGCAUAGUCGGCGCAUACACGGGUAGCAGCUUCGCCGUUCAAGCCUCCACCGCCAGUCUCCUCGGCUGCGCCCUCUACAGCGCCCUCGAACUGAUAGUCCUCGUCUUCUCCGUCUUCCACGUCUAUCAUGGCUUAUAUUUUUGGAGUCUGUUGAUCUCCGCCUCCUUGGGCGUUAUCCCUGAUGCGCUUGGCCUCAUCUUAAAAUACUUCGAGCUCGCUCCGAUCUGGGUGCCCGUGACACUUUCUACGGCCGGGUGGUGUGUCAUGGUGACAGGCCAAUCACUGGUCCUUUAUUCGCGAUUACAUCUCGUCGUUAUGAAUCGAAAGGUUUUGCACUGCAUCCUAGGAAUGAUCAUCUUCAAUUCGAUUACGAUGCAAAUUCCACAGAUUAUCGCCUCAUAUGGAGCUGUCUAUGUCUGCCAUCUGCAGUUCACAAGAUUUUUCAAUAUAUGGGAAAAGGUACAAUUGACGGUGUUCUUCGCGCAAGAGAUCAUCAUCUCGGGAGUGUUCAUUGUUCAAACCCUCAGGCUAUUGCAUUCAUACCCGACACGUUCCAAACGGAAAACGAAUAUCAUGUAUCAGCUUUUGACCAUAAAUGCCGCUAUCAUUAUUAUGGAUAUUGCAUUGCUCAUACUCGAGUAUAUGGGGUUUUUUAUCACACAGACGGUCUUGAAAUGUUUCUUCUAUACCGUGAAGCUCAAGUUGGAAAUUGCAGUUCUUUCGAGAUUAGCCUCCUUUGUGAAGUCGCACCCUGAUCAGGACUCGUCUGGAUUGAGCCAAUUAGAGCAGCAUACUUGA